AUGGCAGCUCCUUUGAUCAUCAAGAACCACAUAGAUCACCGACAAGAUCCGAAUCCAGACCAGAAUCAUCUCUCCUCUUUAAUUCAAGAAGCUAAAUCAAUCGCCAAGAUAUCUCUCCCGAUGAUUUUGACUGGUUUACUUCUCUACUCUCGUUCAAUGAUCUCAAUGCUCUUCCUCGGCCGUCUCAACGACCUCUCUGCUCUCUCUGGCGGCUCUCUCGCGCUUGGAUUCGCCAACAUCACUGGCUACUCUCUCCUCUCCGGUCUCUCUAUCGGCAUGGAACCCAUCUGCGUUCAAGCCUUUGGCGCCAAAAGAUUCAAACUUUUAGGCCUUGCUUUGCAAAGAACCACACUUUUGCUUCUCCUCUGUUCUCUCCCCAUCUCUAUCCUCUGGCUCAACAUUAAAAAGAUCCUUUUGUUCUUCGGACAAGACGAAGAAAUCUCGAACCAAGCUGAGAUCUUUAUCCUCUUCUCUCUCCCUGAUCUGAUUCUCCAAUCUUUUUUGCAUCCUAUCCGUAUUUACCUCCGAUCUCAAUCGAUCACUCUGCCUCUUACUUACUCUGCUUUCUUCGCCGUAUUGCUCCACAUUCCGAUCAAUUACCUUCUCGUUUCUUCCCUCGGUCUCGGACUCAAAGGAGUUGCUUUGGGAGCAAUCUGGACUAAUGUCAACCUCCUAGGGUUUCUGAUCAUCUACAUCGUGUUUUCCGGUGUUUACGACAAGACUUGGGGAGGAUUCUCAAUGGAUUGUUUUAGAGGAUGGGGAUCUCUAAUGAAACUAGCAAUACCUAGCUGUGUCUCGGUUUGUCUAGAAUGGUGGUGGUACGAAAUCAUGAUUCUUUUAUGUGGACUGUUACUUAAUCCGCAAGCAACUGUUGCAUCGAUGGGAAUCUUGAUUCAAACCACAGCUUUGAUCUACAUUUUUCCUUCAUCUUUGAGUAUAAGCGUUUCGACACGUGUUGGGAACGAACUAGGUGCGAAUCAGCCGGAUAAAGCAAGGAUAGCCGCGAGAACGGGACUAGGUUUAAGCCUAGGUUUAGGCUUAUUCGCCAUGUUUUUCGCAUUCAUGGUGAGGAAUUGCUGGGCAAGAUUGUUCACAGAUGAGGAAGAGAUUUUGAAGUUGACUUCAAUGGUUUUACCGAUCAUAGGGCUUUGCGAGCUAGGGAACUGUCCUCAGACCACAGUGUGUGGAGUGUUGAGAGGAAGUGCGAGACCUAAGUUAGGAGCAAACAUAAACUUGUGUUGUUUCUACUUUGUGGGAAUGCCAGUAGCUAUAUGGUUAAGUUUCUUUAAUGGGUACGACUUCACGGGACUGUGGCUAGGUCUGUUCGCAGCUCAAAGCUCGUGCUUGGUUUCUAUGUUGGUUGUGUUGGCUAGGACUGAUUGGGAAGUCGAAGUUGAUAGAGCGAAAGAACUCAUGACUAGAUCAUGUGAUGGUGAAGAAGAAGAUGAUGGAAAUUACACGACGCCGUUUCUGUUGGAUUCUUUGGAUAUAGAAGAAAGUGGGAAUUAUAGGCAUUUGAAUGUGUUUUAGAAACCUUCCUUGGUCUCCUUGUUUUGUUUGAUUUAUUGGCACUAACGAGAUUCGUUUCAUUGUACACUAAUUGAUUAUUUU